CCGGACGACACAGGAAAGGACCAGGCCCAGUCUCUGACAAACAGUUGUUGAAUAAUGAUACAGUUCAUAAUUGGAGAUGCCAUUAUUGGUACACUUGUUAAUUAUCAAAUGACUCUUCAUCUUCGCUUUAUACAAGGUGACAUUCCAUAUCAUGGCUGAUGAGAUCCAGGAGUUUAGCGUGUGCUUAAAAGGUCUAUAUGCUCACACGAUGUUUCCUCAUUCUGUCCCAGCAACUUCCUUCUGAAAGCUGUUUACGAUGUUUUGGUAUACACUUGCUACCAUUCUGCUCCUGACACAAUGUGUCUUAUCCCAGAAUAUGUUACGAUUCGCAUGUUCGCAGCUGACUGUUGAACGAGCGGAUCCACUUGUAACUCCCGGGCAGCGGCCUUCACCGCAUACCCAUCAGAUCAUUGGAGGGAAUUCUUUCAAUCUUACCAUGGAACCUGGCGUGUUUGAUCCACCCACUCGCUCUACAUGCACAUCUUGCACCUACAGUGAAGAUUUCAGCAACUAUUGGACUGCAUCGCUAUACUUCCGGUCACCUGAGAAUGGUACUUUUCAGCGAGUGCCUCAAUUCGCUAAUGUCGGACUCCAGCAAGAUGGCGGAAUGACGGUCUAUUACAUGCCGUAUUCGGCGAAGAAUAACAAGAUGACAGCCUUUAGGCCUGGGUUUCGCAUGAUCGCCGGCGACCCUAUGGCCAAAAGGCCCAACCGUGUUAGCAUCUGUCAUCGAUGUUUGGGCAAUGGGGAAGGUUUUGCUCCAUGUGACGGGAAAGACACUGCAGAGCUCCCGAAAAAAUACUGCCCGGGUGGUAUUCGGGCGACAGUCAUAUUUCCGUCGUGCUGGGAUGGUAAGAACCUGGACUCGCCCGAUCACAAGAGUCAUGUUGCGUACUCGAAUAGUGGUGGUCUCGGAUCACCAAAUUGCCCUAGUACGCACCCAGUUGCUAUUCCGCAAGUCAUGUAUGAGAUCAUGUGGGAUACUGGACGAUACAAAAACAACGCAUGGUAUGGUAAUGGUAAACAGCCGUUUGUAUAUAGCUUUGGAGAUGGUACCGGUUAUGGCCAGCACGGCGACUAUCUCUUUGGCUGGAAAGACGACUCUUUACAGAGGGCUAUGGAUGCUCUACCGAGUGGCAAGUGUGCUAACGCCAACUGCCAAGUUUUGAAAAUACAGUCUGCGCAAGAUUCGAUGAAGUGCAAGAAAUCGCAACAAGUGAUUGAGGAUGUCGGUGUGGGCGGAAAUUGGCUUAAGGAGCUCCCGGGUGGUAUGCCGGUUACCUAUUAAAAAACGAAUGUGGGCAAAAUAAAGUGUUUUUAGAGUGUCGUUAUUUCUAUUACUUCCAGUAUGCAUGAAUUUUAUCCAGAUGGCAUCUGGUAGUGUGUAGCCAAAUUUGUGUUGGUUCGAAUAUUGAUUUCGCAUCUGCCGAAACAUGAUAGAAGCGUAAUUGGUCCGGAGAUAAUUAUUGUAGAAAACACGGCUGGAUGGCAGAGCAAGAAGCAGGCCGGCAGCUUCGUACGAACCCAAAUGACUGUCUAUGCGACAUCCUCGGCAUUUGUGAUAGCAAUAUCGUUGGUAGCGCAUCUGCCGCUCUCGGCAGUUUCGACAUGGCUUGCCUUGCCGAGAAUGACGUGCAUCACCCAGAGUUUGAUAUUUAUGUGUACUCUCAGCUUCUGUAAGGGAAGUCGACGAGUCUGGUAAUGAUAGCCCAAGUGCGCUGAAAGUGGUUCAGGGUAGGCUUAAAGAGGAAUUCGUCUUACAAGGAUCACAUUGC